ACUAUAAAAAGUCAAUUUUACCAUCAUUAGUGUGUGCUGGGGUGCAAGUAUGUUUUUGUGAUUUUGUAGUGGUAUUGCUGAGGUGGUAAGUUGCUGAUUCUAGGCUGGACAUGGAGGGUACCACUAUCCGACUCUUAAGUUUUUCUCUGGCACUUCUCAGUCUUUGUGUCCAUGGUGAUAUUGGAAGUGUUGCUGGUUUUGUCAAGAUUGGAGGUUAUCCUGUAUACAAUGAGGCUGGUCUCCCCAUGCAGGAUGUGAAACCACAGAGUUCCUCUAGCUGGUAUGGCCGUGAACAUGUAUCGGAUCCCAUUAGUCUUCAAAGAUCUAAGAAUAUCACUUACAGUGCUGCACAAGUUAAGGGUGUGUAUAGCAGUGUAAGCUAUAGUCCUCAAAAUGGCUCUUCUGGUUUUGGACCAAUUACUAAUGUGUAUAAGCCUGGUUCUGACUCUGAUGCUAGAAGUCAAGUUCAAGGAUCUCUAAUGUCUUCAGCUGGUAAUGGCAGUCUUGUACCCAUUGCAGUGACCAUGGAAUCAGAAAGUAUGAGCAUGGGGUCUCUACCCAAUCCAGCGCAGAUCAACUUUCAAACUUUAGGGCAGUCUAGUAGUGAAUCUGUGGCAUCUAGUAGCCAGCAACUAGUGCAGACCAGCUCCCAGUCCAGUGGCCAAUUAGUGAAAGUCCACUACCAGUCUUCAGUGCAGCCCAUUGUCAAGCCUCAUAAAAGUAGACUUCAAGCUGGUUCCAGGUUAUAUUCUGGUACCAGGCCAGUGCAGACUUCAAGUUCCACCUUUUUUGUUAAGCCUUUGCAAAGAAGUGAGUCCUCACAACCCAGCUAUCAGUUAGGACAAGGCAGCUAUGGGUCUGGACUUGUGCCAUUGCUCAGUGGGCAGCAAGUAUUGCAGUCAAGCAACGAUUCCACGGUUCAGCCUAAUGAUGUGCAACUAGCACAGGCAAGAUACCAACCUGUGGCCCUGCUCAGCCUCCAACAAUCAUCUCAAGCCAGCAGCCAGAACUUGGAACAAGUGGUCUCUCAAUCUGUGGACCAGUCCAGUGGUCUGCCAUCAGCGCAAGCCAGCCACCAGUCUGUGGACCAGUCCAGCAUCCAACACCAAGCCCAAUCCAGCUCACAGUCUUUGUCACAGCCAGGUGUCCAACAACCAGGACAGGCCCUCUACCCAUCUGUGUCCCAGCCCAGUGGUUUGCAGUCAGCACAAGUCAGCUACCCAUCUGUUGUCCAGCCCAGUGACCUGCAGUCAGCACAAGCCAGCCACCAGUCUGUGGACCAGUCCAGCAUCCAACACCAAGCCCAAUCCAGCUCACAGUCUGCGGACCAGUCCAGUGCUCUGCCAUCAGCACAAGCCAGCUACCAAUCUGUGGUCCAAACUAGUGGCCUGCAGUCAGCACAAGCCUCUAACCCUUCUGUGGUCCAGCCUAGUGGCCUGCAGUCAGCACAAGCCUCUAACCCUUCUGUGGUCCAGCCUAGUGGCCUGCAGUCAGCACAAGCCUCUUACCAUUCUGUGUCUAGUCCCAGUGGCCCACAACCAGGACAGGCCCGUUACCAAUCUGUUUCUAGGCCCGGUGGCCUGCAGUCAGCACAAGCCUCUUACCAGUCUGUGGACCAGUCCAGCAGCCAACACCAAGCCCAAUCCAGCUCACAGUCUGUGUCCAGGCCCAGUGGCCCACAACCAGGACAGGCCCUUUACCCAUCUGUGUCCAGGCCCAGUGGCCUGCAGUCAGCACAAGCCUCUUACCAGUCUGUGGACCAGUCCAGCAGCCAAGCCCAAUCCAGCUCACAGUCUGUGGACCAGUCCAGUGCUCUGCAAUCAGCACAAGCCUCUUUCCAGUCUGUGUCCAGGCCCAGUGGCCCACAACCAGGACAGGCCCUUUUCCAGUCUGUUGUCCAGCCUAGUGGCCUGCAAUCAGCACAAGCCUCUUACCAGUCUGUGUCCAGGCCCAGUGGCAAACAAGGACAGGCCAGCUACCCAUCUGUGGUCCAGCCUAGUGGCCCACAACCAGGACAGGCCCUUUUCCAGUAUGUUGUCCAGCCCAGUGGCUUUCAGUCAGCACAAGCCAGCUACCCAUCUGUUGUCCAGCCCAGUGACCUGCAGUCAGCACAGGCCAGCCACCAGUCUGUGGACCAGUCCAGUGCUCUGCCAUCAGCACAAGCCUCUUACCCAUCUGUGGUCCAGCCUAGUGGCCUGCAGUCAGCACAAGCCUCUUACCAGUCUGUGUCCAGACCCAGUGGCAAACAAGGGCAAGCCAGGUACCCAUCUGCGGUCCAGCCCAGUGGCCUGCAAUCAGCACAAGCCUCUUACCAGUCUUUGUCCAGACCCAGUGGCCCACAACUAGGACAGUCCUUCUACCCAUCUGUGUCCAGACCCAGUGGCCCACAACCAGGACAGGCCCUUUUCCAGUCUGUUGUCCAGCCCAGUGGCCUGCAGUCAGCACAAGCCUCUUACCAGUCUGUGGACCAGUCCAGCAGCCAACACCAAGCCCAAUCCAGCUCACAGUCUGUGGACCAGUCCAGUGCUCUGCAAUCAGCACAAGCCUCUUACCAGUCUUUGUCCAGACCCAGUGGCCCACAACCAGGACAGGCCCUUUUCCAGUCUGUUGUCCAGCCCAGUGGCUUGCUGUCAGCAGAAGCCUCUUACCAGUCUGUGUCCAGACCCAGUGGCCCACAACUAGGACAGCCCCUUUACCCAUCUGUGUCCAGGCCCAGUGGCAAACAAGGACAGGCCAGCUACCCAUCUGUGUCCAGGCCCAGUGGCCCACAACCAGGAGAGGCCCUUUUCCAGUCUGUUGUCCAGCCCAGUGGCUUGCUGUCAGCAGAAGCCUCUUACCAGUCUGUGUCCAGACCCAGUGGCAAACAAGGACAGGCCCUUUACCCAUCUGUGUCCAGGCCCAGUGGCAAACAAGGACAGGCCAGCUACCCAUCUGUGUCCAGGCCCAGUGGCCCACAACUAGGACAGGCCAGCUACCCAUAUGUGUCCAGGCCCAGUGGCAAACAAGGACAGGCCAGCUACCCAUCUGUGUCCAGGCCCAGUGGUCCACAACCAGGACAGGCCCUCUUCCAGUCGGUUGUCCAGCCCAGUGGCCUGCCCUCAGUACAAGCUCAUUACUGGUCUGUUCACCAACAACCAGGACAGGCCAGCUACCAGUCUUUGUCCCAAUCCAGUAGCCAACAGCCAGCACGAAUCCACUACCAAUCUGUGUCCCAGCAGCCUGGAUUCCAGGUCUUUUCUGUGUCAGAGCAGUCAAGUUAUGGGUCUCAUUCCAGUCUUGGUUCCCAAUCUCUAGAGCAACCCAGUAAUGUACCUCUUUCUUCAAGCUAUGAGUCUGUGAUGCAGUCUUUCAAGCCUGGCUUUCAAGAUCCAGCACCUCCACUCUCUCAGACUACUCUCAACAAGCAUUCAUCUCAAGGCAUACUGAGGUUGUUGCAACAAGUGAAGUCUUAGUUGCUUGCUUUGCUGCUGUUUCUUAAUUUUGGUGUUUUUGAGAAAUAAAUAACUUGUAAAAUAA